UUGCGUGAGUUGCUCUUACGGGUGAACUCUUCUUCUUCACUUGUCAAAUCUGAAAUAUCAGAUAGGGAUUGAGGGGUCACAGGGCAAUGGGGGCAUUAACAACGGCACUGAUAGCAAUUGCAGGCGUAAUUCUCGGUUGGAUCACCAUUGAAAUGGCUUGCAAGCCUUGUCUUGAAAAGGGUCGAGAAGCCAUUGAUCAGAAUCUGAAUCCUGACUAUGACCCAGAUGAUGAAGACAGUAUCCGGGCACCUUUAACUGCAAACGCACCUCAAGACUCCGAUCUGGGUUCUGAUUCUUCUACUCCCGUCAAAAUUGUCUGAUCAUUACCUUUUUUCUUUCCUACUUUGCUUGAUUGUAUUGCCCCCCUUUACAAGGGGAAAUCGAACUAUAGAUGCUUUUGUGUUUUGGGUGUUGGCCUUUUCCUAUAUUGUAAUAUGUUCUUUUUUUUUAUGUAUAAUUAUAAGAGGAGAAUGACACAGUUUGUUGAGAAA